AUGGAUCCAAGGUCUUCUCCUUCUAAGAAGCGUCUUCUUGCCGAUCCGAAGCCGGAACAACGCUCCGUCACCGCUUCUCCGGACUCCGCCUUGUCUUCCGACUCAUUAUCGGAUCGAUUCAAGAGGAAAACCAGGGAACUCCCAAAUUUAUCCGAUUGUCAUGGAUGUGGACUCCGAAUCGACAACUCCAAUCCCAAAGAAAGGCUACGAACGCUAGACAGCGUUUGGCGAAUUGUACUUCUCUGCAAGAAAUGCAUUAAACUUGUCAAUUCACGCCAAACAUGCCCUUAUUGUUUCAAGGAAAUCCCGGGAAAGGAAACAGAUUAUUUUCAGUGCGGUGAUUGCGAGCACCGAAUUCACAGAGAUUGUGUUGUGAAAUUUGGGGGUUUCGCUCCGUGGUCCUAUUGCUCGGAGUCAGAAUUUUCAGUUUGUGUUGAUUGUUGGGUUCCUAAAUUGCUUGUAAAUUCGAUUAGGGUUUUUGAAAGGAGGAAGAAUAAUAAUAAUAAUAUUGGUUUAGAACAGGGUGAUUCUAGGGUUACGGGUUCCUCUAAGGUUUUGGAGAAAAAUAAAGUUGCUAGUUCGUUAGAAUACAUGGUAAAGGAUGCAAAUUGUGUGGUGAAUUCGGUUAGAGUGUUUGAAAGGAGGAAGAAGAAGAAUAAGAUUGGUUUAGAACAGGGUGAUUCUAGGGUUACAGGUUCUUCUAAGAUUUUGGAGAAAAAUAAAGUUGCUAGUUCAACAGAAUGCGUGGUAAAGGAUGCAAAUUGUGUGGUGAAUUCGGUUAGGGUUUUUGAAAGGAGGAAGAAGAAGAAUACGAUUGAUUUAGACCCAGGGGAUUCCAGGGUUACAGAAGGUGAUUCUAGGGUUACAGAAGGUAAUUCUAGGGUUUUGGAGAUAAAUAAAGGUGCUAAAUCGUUAGAAAAUGUGGUAAAGGGUGCAAGUUGUGUGUUGGAAAAGAAAAUCAAUGUGGCAGCAAAGGCAAAAGAGAACGCAUUGAGGAAAGCUGUGACGGCAAAACGGGCGGUGGAGUUGGCUAAUAAUGCUUUGCAUUUGAUGGCCAAGAAGGACGAGAAUUGGAAAAGGAGCGAAUCUUUGGUGACAAGUAGUGGUAGAACUGAUAAUACUGAGACUAGGGUUGUGGAUGAUGCAGAAUUGGCAUUUCAGUUACAUCGCGCUAUGAAUAGCUCACCUAGGAUUUCUAGGAAUUUGUGUUCAAUAAAUUCGAGUUGUUUGGCUGUUCCAAAGAUACGGGAUUGUAAUAGUAAUUUGGCUGGUAAAUUGUUGCAUUUUAGAAGUUGUGGUAGUGCUAGUGUUUCCGGGAAGCUUGAGGUGGUUACAAAUAGUAAGUUUAAUGAGAAACUUGAUAGAAUUGUUUCCGAGUGUUCAGUUUGUGACAAGGAUUUUGACAGUCAUUCUAAUGAUGAUUUGGGUGAGUUAAAACCGAAGUUGAAAACAUAUACUAGGAAAAGUAAAAGGAGGAAGGAAUGCCUAGAAAAUGGUGAGAUUGGUAGUCACUCUGGCGAUGGUCAUAGAAGGCAGUCUGAAUCUCAGUCUUGCCAGAAAGAACAAAAGUCAAGCAAUGAGUUGGGUCUAAAUGAUAUUACAGUUCGAUGUCUACGGAAGUUUGAUGGAAAUAAUACUGUGCUGAAGGAUGGAAAAUGCAAUGGAAAGCCUGACCGUUACUUGUUAAAAUAUAGCAAGAGGCCUACAGGCUUGAAAGAAGUUUCAAGGCAUUGCACGGAGUUUCUAUGUGAUGAUGUGUAUCUUGAAAAUCCUGUCCUGCUCCCGGAUUUCCUGUAAAUUGUUUCAAGGAAUCCACAAUGUGCUCUGACGUGUCAUUUCAGUGCUGUGCUGUUAAUAUGCAAGCAGGUGCCUUUGUAACUGUUGCGUCCAAAAAAUAGCCCUGAAGUAUACAGGUA